AUGGACUCUGCUCCAAAGAAAAGAAAGGCAGAGUCGGACGAACGACAUGACGGUGGUCACAAGAAAGCCAAGGGAAAAAAGAAGUGGGACACACCCCGGCGGGGAGCAGAGGGUCGAGCCAUACAGGCAGGCGACACAGGCAUAUGGGCGACAUGUAGUAUGAAGAAUGAAGCGAAAACCGUUGCCGACCUCCGAGAUCUAUUUCAAGAGUACGCAACUAAGCUGUACGGAACGGGCGAGACGAAUGAAGCGUCUGACGAUUCCGACGCUGGCGAUGAUAUCGAAACUGAGAUUCAGAAAGAACUCGCCGAUAUACGCAAGCCGACAGUAAAGCCAUUGUUCACAUCGAUCAAGCUGCCCACCCAAUGCUUGGUCUUCUUCAAGACACGCCUACCUGUUGAGCCUGUUUCAUUCGUUCAGAGGAUCUGUCAGGACACAGCAGACGGUGCUCAGCCGAAGAACUGUCGCUUUGUGAAGCGACUCACGCCAAUGACGGCAAUCGAAAAGGCGACCACUAGGGGUCUCGAUGCCGUGGCAAAGCUAGUGCUUGCUCCUCAUUUCCACGGCCCUGAUAAUGCGGGAAAGAAGUUUGCAAUACGACCGUCAAUACGGAAUAACAAAGAGUUCACGAGGGACGGGAUUAUCAAAACUGUCGCGGCUACAGUAGGCCCUGGUCACAAGGUUGACCUUCAUGGAUAUGAUCAUCUCAUCCUCGUGGAAAUCUAUCAGAACGUACUGGGGAUGAGCGUGGUUGGUCCCGACUUUGACAAACUAAAACGUUUCAACCUUGACGAGCUUCGCCAGCCGUCGUCCACCAACGACGGGCCAGAUCGAGAGACGUAAAUUAUAGUUGGAGAAAUGCAUGAUUCAAGGCUGACGUGAACAAUCCCGGCCGCCUGUUCGAAAUCUUUUUAGUCCUGCGUCAUCAGGCGUCCUAUAGCUGCAACUCUUCAAAUGUAGUCCUUAUGGCAGGCAAGUGUGAGUAAUAGAUGUAAAUAUUAUACAACAACAUCAAACGCU